CGUAGGCAAGAACACUGGUCUACAGUUUUGAGAAGGAAAGGACGCACUCCGUCACAUUUCAGCAGCCCAAGCCAUCUCUGUUUUCCACGUCGCGAAGAAUUUCGAGCACGAUGGUGAUCAAAGUUUACAUCGCGUCGUCAUCCGGAUCAACCUCAAUCAAGAAACAGCAACAGGAUGUCAUGGGGUUCCUGGCAGCCAAUAAGAUUGAUUUUGAGGAAUGUGACAUUGCAGCCAAUGAAGAGAACAGGAAAUGGAUGAGGGAAAAUGUACCAGUAGAUUCCCGACCAGCCACAGGGAAUCCUCUCCCACCUCAAAUUUUCAACGAGGAGAGAUACUGUGGGAACUAUGAGGCCUUCUUUGAUGCACGAGAAGAGAAUGCUGUGUAUGCUUUUCUAGGCUUGACUGCUCCCCCCGGUUCUAAGGAAGCAGAGGCUCUAGCCAAAAAAGAGCAGCAGUAGCCACCGCAUUUUCAAUUAACUGCUACUAUUUUGUUUUCAACCUUGUUUCAAGUCUAUGAUUUUACAUCUUCAUAUUACUCAUCAAUCUCCCAAUCAAAUUAGAUAACCCAUUCAGGUAUUACCUGAUCCUGUAUCUUACAGACUGUGAGAAGGUCUUACAACUGUGGAUGGCUCUUUACUAUUUGUUGGAAUUACUUACCUGCCAUCCUCUGAUUGUGAAGUUGGAAAAGAAUUCCACUGUCUUUUUUGUUGUAUACAUUUGUAUGGUGGUAUUCAUUUAUGAUGUGCCAUAAGCAAGUGAUUGAUUAGUGGCUGCAUUUUAUCACAGAUUGCACUUAGAAUUCAUCAAAA